AUGACUGACAACUACAUCGUCAAGACCGUAGCAGGCACCUGCGUCGGCUUUUCCUUUAUUCUCGUCGGGAAUGCAAUCACCCAGUCAUUCAUGACCGUGCCAGCCCUUCUGGUCGACUUUCCCAAGCCAGGCACACCAGACCAUACCGCGCGUGCACGUCUUCUUGGACGGCAGUGGCCCCUCUGCUGGUCGGUCGGCAACCAGUUCUUCCGCCCUAUCUCCACCCUCGGCUUCCUUGGGUACGCCUACGCAGGCUACGCAGUAUACAAGGAGUACAAGGAUCACGUUGUCGCGAAAGGCGACUGGAAGAUGUUCGCUGUGGCGGCCAUCCUGCAUCUCACGACUAUUGUACACUCAGCGGUCAACAUGCAGCCGUUGAAUGACAAGUUGGAGGCGCUUGCCGAUAGAACGAGCGAGAAGGAGUUGGGCGAGGCGGAGGGCAUUGCCAGGAAGUGGGGUAGUUGGAACAGGGUCAGGCUCGUUACGCCUCUGAUCGCAGGAAGUUUGGCGUUGUUCCAGCUUGCUCAGUAG